AUGCAAAGGAUCAAUCUGAUAUUAUUUGCUUUAUCGUUUUUGAUCUCGAUCGCAAUCGCAACAUCAAAUAGUAACUUAAAGAAAAAAUUGUUACCCCCAAAACUAUGGAAGGCGUGCAAGAACAUAAAAUGUCCACCCAUAGAAGAUCCUGUGUGCGUCAAGAUCAAAUAUCGCAAUGCGAAAUUAUUGAAUAAAACAAUAUACAUUUACAUGAUCAAUAAAUGUGAAUUGGAUUAUAUGAAGUGCCAUCAAGAUGCCGAGGGAGUCAUCGUGUCGAAAAAAUACUGCGAGCACACCAAACCUUCGAGCUUAGCCAAAAAGCGAGUUAAACGCAAUGCGAAUAAAGAUGCUACAAACAAUGCGAUGGCUGCAGGCAGUGUUUCUAAGAAACAUGUUGUGCGACGACAGUAUCCUCCUAGCGGCAUGACAGACAAAGAUUACUUAACAGAAGACUUAGAUGACAAUGAAAAGCGUAUUUCUGACGAUUGUAGCGAUGAAAACAAACCAGGUUGUAACAAACUGCAAAGGGAAAGAGAUUCAUAUUACAACGAAGAUUCUAGGCAUAAGGAUUACUCUAAAUAUGAUUCAAGGAAUGAAGAUUACUCCAAAGAAGAUUCAAGAAAUAAAGAUUCCUCCAAUGACGAUUCUAGAAAUGAAGAUUUCUCCAAGGAAGGUACACGUGCUACAAACAGCAACGAAGAAAUAGACAUCGAAUGUCCGACCGAGUGCGAGCUGAGAAAAGUGAUGGUUUGCGGCAAAUGCCAACACGGUGUCUACAGAACGUUCAUGAGCCCGUGUCAUAUGAGGUUGUUCAUGUGCAAUAAUACGGACGAAUCGAUGGAACUCAUGUCUCGAUACCCGUGCGUACUAUCGGCACCAUUUGCGUCCGAGUUCCGAGGCAGCUUAUCCGAACCGAGCGACUUUGACGAAGUACAGAGAUUUAUCUACUGCAGAGAAGCUAUGGAAGACGGAACGAAUAUUGUUGACUCAAGGUGCGCAGAUGUAAGAAACGAAAAUUUUGAAGAACAACUUCAGCCUCGCGUAUCUGAUUAG